AUGUCGAGCUGUGCUGGGGAGUCGGGGGGCCUGGGAAGCCAGACAGCCCUGGGUGCCAUCCACGCCACCUGGUGGCAGGCAGGGGUGCUGCGGGUGGUCACACGCCGAGCAUGUGGCUGCCCUCAGGAGGGGCUGAGCAGACACAAGGGGCCCCACUGGAGGCACCGUGAACUGAGUGGAACAGCUACAGAGGGGCGUCCCUCCCUGCUUUCUGGCACGACUCUGCUUGUACAGGGUCCCCAGAGGAGGCUACUGGGCAUCCUCAACUCCACUCCAGCCAGCCCCCACCUCGGGCUGGCCACCAACCAAACAGGCCCUCGGCACCUGGAGGUGCCCAUUCCUGAUGGGCUCUUCCUCAGCCUGGGGCUGGUGAGCCUGGUGGAGAACGUGCUGGUGGUGGCCGCUAUCGCCAAGAACCAAAACCUGCACACGCCCACGUACUUCUUCACCUGCGGCCUGGCGGUGUCUGACCUGCUGGCGAGCGUGAGCAGUACCGGGAUGGUCGUCAUGCUGCUGCUGGAGGCUGGGGCCCUGGCUGCAGCUGCCGCGGUGCAGCAGCUGGAUGACAUCCUCCGCGUGCUCAUCUGUGGCUCCAUGGUGUCCAGCCUCUGCUUCCUGGCUGCCAUUGCUGUCCAAUACCCUUCCGUCUUCUACGCGCUGCAAUACCACAGCAUCGUGACGUUGCCCUGGGCACGGUGGGCCAUCGCAGCCACUUGGGUGGCCAGUGUCAUCUCCAGCACCCCCUUCUUUGCCUACUAUGACCGUACGGCCAUCCUGCUCUGUCUUGUCAGCGUCUUUGUGGCCACGCUGGUGCUGUAUGUCCACAUGUUCGUGCACAAGAGGCGUUCCGGUUCCCAAGGCUUCGGCCUCAAGGGCGCUGCCACCCUCACCUCCCUGCUGGGCGUUUCCUUCCUCUGCUGGCCCUUCUUCUUGUACCUCCUACUCAUUGUCCUCUGUCCCCAACACCCCAACAUCUUCAAGAACUUCAACCCCUUCCUCAUCAUCAUCUGCAAUGCCAUUGUGGACCCCCCGAUUUAUGCCUUCCGAAGCCAGGAGCUCCAGGAGACAGGUGCUACUGUGCUGGUGUUGCUUGAAGUUUGA